UUUCCCUGCAGAUUCAUGAAGAUGAGCAUCCGGACUCCACCCAGACUCCUGGAGCUUGCGGGGCGGAGCCUGCUGAGGGACCAAGCCUUAGCCAUGUCCACCCUGGAGGAGCUGCCCACGGAACUUUUCCCCCCACUGUUCAUGGAGGCCUUCAGCAGGAGAUGCUGUGAGGCCCUGAAGCUGAUGGUGCAGGCCUGGCCCUUCCGCCGCCUCCCUCUGAGGCCUCUGAUAAAGAUGCCUUGUCUGGAGGCCUUCCAAGCUGUGCUUGAUGGGCUUGAUGCACUGCUUACCCAAGGGGUUCGUCCCAGGAGGUGUAAACUUCAAGUGCUGGAUUUACAGGAUGUCUGUGAGAACUUCUGGAUGGUUUGGUCUGAAGCUAUGGCCCAUGGGUGCUUCCUCAAUGCCAAGAGGAGCAAAAAACCAGUGCAGGACUGUCCAAGGAUGAGAGGACAGCAACCCUUGACUGUGUUCGUAGAACUUUGGCUCAAGAACAGGACUCUGGAUGAAUACCUCACCUACCCCCUUCUAUGGGUCAAGCAGAGGAGAGAUUUACUACACCUGUGCUGUAAGAAGCUGAAAAUUUUGGGAAUGCCCUUCCGCAAUAUCAGAAGCAUCCUGAAAAUGGUGAACCUAGACUGUAUCCAGGAGGUGGAAGUGAGUUGCAGGUGGAAACUGCAAUUCCUGACACAGUUUACCCCAUACCUGGGCCACAUGAGGAAUCUUCAGAAGCUCGUUCUCUCCCACAUGGAUGUCUCUCGCUACGUUUCCCCAGAGCAGAAGAAGGAGAUUGUUACCCAGUUCACCACUCAGUUCCUCAAGCUGCGCUGCCUCCAAAAGCUUUAUAUGAACUCUGUUCCUUUCCUCGAAGGCCACCUGGACCAGCUGCUCAGCUGUCUGAAGACCUCGUUAAAGGUCCUCACAAUAACUAACUGUGUGCUUUUGGAAUCAGACUUGAAGCAUCUAUCCCAGUACCCGAGUAUCAGUCAACUAAAGACCCUGGACCUGAGUGGCAUCAGACUGACCAAUUUCAGUCUUGUGCCUCUCCAAAUUCUCCUAGAAAAAGUUGCAGCCACCCUUGAGUACCUGGAUUUAGAUGACUGUGGCAUCAUAGACUCCCAAGUCAACGCCAUCCUGCCUGCCCUGAGCCGCUGCUUUGAGCUCAACACCUUCAGCUUCUGUGGAAAUCCCAUCUCCAUGGCCACCCUGGAGAACCUGCUGAGCCACACAAUCAUACUCAAAAACUUAUGCGUGGGGGUGUAUCCUGCCCCGCGGGAGAGUUAUGGUGCUGAUGGUAUUCUCUGCUGGAGCAGAUUUGCUCAAAUUAGGGCUGAGCUGAUGAACAGAGUGAGGGACUUAAGGCACCCUGAGAGGAUCUUUCUCUGUACUGACAACUGCCCUGACUGUGGCAACAGGUCAUUUUAUGACCUGGAGGCAGAUCAGUACUGCUGUUGA